AUGCCCCCGGCCUGCGGCGGCUUCCACGGAGGCGAGAGUCAGCCCUGCGUGGGGAGCAGGAAGGAAACCGGCAACCACCGGCACUGGCUGCGCCUACCCCCACCUUCCCGGAUGGGGGCCCAGCUCUCCUGCCAGGUGCUGCCUUGUGUGCCCUGCAAGGAGAAGGAGCCCGUCCAGCCUCUCGUGGUCCCGGUGCCUCUGGGCCCUCUGGGGCAGAUGCGCUGUGAGGAGCACGGUGAGGAGAUUUACUUCUUCUGCGAGACCGAUGCUGAGUUGCUCUGUGUGGUCUGUCGGGAGGGUCCCUCCCACCGCACCCACCCUGUGGCCGUCCUCGACGGGGCCGUUCAGCCCUACCGGGACUGUCUCUGGAGCCAGUCGAGAGCUCUGCGCCUGGACAAGAGCGAGAUGGAGGCCACGUGGCAGCGGGAAGACAGGAAGCUCCAAAAGCUUCUGACUCACAUUGAAAGCAAGAAGCAGCAGGUGGACGCGGCGUUUGGGAAACUUCAGCGGGAGCUGGCAGACCAGCACAGUCUCCUGCAGGCCAGGCUGCGGGAGCUGGAGGUGCAGACCUGCUUGGAGAGGGACCAGUACAACUCCAAGUUCUCCGAGGAGAUCACCAGGCUCGGAGCCCAGGCCCAGGAGCUGGAGGAGCAGAGUCAGCAGCCGGCCAGCGUCCUGCUGCAAGAUGUCAAGGCCGACCAGAGCAGGUAUGAGACAAGGACUUUUGUGAGUCCAGAGACAAUUUCUCCAGACCUUGUCAAGAAGAUCCGAGAUCUCCACUGGAAAACACUCUUCCUCCCAGAGAUGCUGAGGGCCUUCUCAGAAAACCUGGCGCAUCAUCUGGAAACAGACUCAGGUAAACAGCUGGGGGGUUGGGGCUUCCUUCUCUCCUCCGUCCAGUCAGUCCAGAGCAGUUCCCUCCACGAAGUCUGGAGCCUGACCACUGGGUGCUCUGCUCUCGCUUCUGCUGGUUAUGAGACAUGGCAAGCCAGGCCUGCCCCGCCGGACCCGCGCGCCCUCAGCCGAAGCCGGGCCCUCACCGAGGACAGGAAGCCGGCGACGUUCAUCCGGGAUGAGCAGGACCUGCCGCACGGCCCCCUGCGCUCCGAGGGUGUCCCGGCGGCGCUGGGCACCCCCCGGCUGCUUCUCAAGGCGCCCCCGCAGAGGGCACCCCGCCUUCGGCGCCCGCUCGCCCGCUCAGUGCCCGGCUUCGGCCGUCGGGGAAACGGGCUCCGGUCGGCCUGCGUGGCGGGGGGCGGCGUCCAAGGGGCGCUGCCGCGGAGACCAGGGGGCUGCCUGGGCACACGGGCAAAGCUGGGGAGCCCGCGCGCUUUUGAAAAAGAGAACAAAACACCACGCCGAAAACUGCCGGAGCUUCAGGAACAAUCACCGCGGGGAAGCGAAGCUGAGCCGGGCGAGCUCUAG